GAAGGGGCGCGUAAACAGCCAGAAUGCCGAUCUGGACCUAGUGAGGCUGGAGGGUUGCCCCGGGGCUUGGAAGGAAGAGGGGAUUACGCUCUCCUCCGUGCUUCUUUUUAGUAGGGGUCAUUCACUUCCCCAAAUGCUAUGGUCAGCAGAGACGUUUCCUCCUCCUCGGAGCCAAGCGGCAUGAAAGAAACAACAAAGGCGUGAAAGGCAAAGCCCCUACUUAACAGCCCGGCUUUCUAAUGUCCUGCCCGCCCCCACCAGGGAGGUAGCGGUUCCUACUGAGGAAACAGGCCUGGUCAGUUGCUGUUAUGAAGUGCACAGGGCCUUCAGAGAGUGAGAAAUUUGCCUUUGUAUUGGAGCAUGCUCUAGCCAGGGAGGCAAAGAUUUGGAAGGUGCCCAUCUUCCAAGAUUUCACACUAAAGGGCACAGACAUUCCUCCAUUUUAUUAUGAGAAAGCUGUUUUGUGGAUUGGAGAGUUAAGCUCACUGUUUCAGUUUUGCUCUGGAACAUUUGCCUUGGCUGCAAGCAUUCUUAACCGGUUAUUGGCAUCAGUGAAGGCGCAGUUAAAAUACCUCCAGUGCAUUGCGAUUGCUUGCCUUGUUGUUGCAGCCAAAAUCAAUGAAGAAGAUGAGGUAAUACCAUCAGUAAAGAAGCUUGCAGUGCAGAGUGGUUGUAAAUGCUCUCCAGCUGAGAUUUUGAGAAUGGAAAGAAUUGUACUUGAUAAACUUCACUGGGAUCUUUACACAGCAACAUCAGUGGAUUUUUUAAACAUUUUCCAUGCCAUGGUGAUAUCCAAGUGGGCCCAUCUGCUACAUGGGCUGCCUCAGAGGAAUCCUUCACGCCAUGCCGCAUUCUUGACCAAACAGCUGCAGCACUGUAUGGCAUGCCACCAACUGCUGCAGUUUAAGGGCUCCACAUUGGCUUUGGUGAUCAUCACCUUAGAGUUGGAGAGGAUGACUCCUGAUUGGUUUCCUGUGAUAACAGAUCUGCUAAAAAAAGCACAGAUUGACAGCACUCAGUUCAUCCACUGUAAAGAGCUUGUUGACCAGCAUCUCAUGUCUUUCCAACCAUCCAACACUGUCUAUAUUUUCAACCCUGCAAGCCAAAACAUUCAGACCCACCUGGAGGAAAGGCUACCCUGCUGUUAUUCCAUGUUGAAGAAAGCAGUGCAAAUUAACCUACAAGCCAGAGGGAGCCAGGCAGUCCCAGCAGUUUUCACACCUCUCCAAGCCAGCACUUAUGAAGAUGAUAUGGAGACAGAUGAAUUCUAUGAUGGAUUCAAUUACUUGUACAAUGAAGUUGGGACACCAGAAGGUGGACAAGGCCGCAAUGACCAACUGAGACAAAAAGGAAGUAGCAGUUUCUGUCCCCCAUUAGAGCCUGCCCCUGAGAUUGACUAGUGUGUGUGUGUGUGUGGGGGGGGGUUGCUCUGUUGUAGCAAGGAACCAGCCAGUACCCAAAGCUAUUUCUAGUAUAUCAAAGGACAAUAAGCUGUAAAUAGAAAGCACUGCCCAUUUUGGAGUCCCAACUCUCCACCUUUUUAAUCGCUCCCCACAAAACUACACUUUGGCAGUAGGUUGUUUUGAUGUAAUCGAAAUAUAAAGCUCACAAAGUAAUCUAUGCAAUGAGCAGCUGAAGGAGAACAUCUCAGGGAUCAGCAAUCAGCAGCUUGGACUAUAUUCUGCACUUAGAAAUACAAAUGGGGCCUAACUCCAGGGGGUGAGGGAGAGCUUUCUAAAGUUUUGCCUUUCAGAGUUUGCCUUUAUUUGGAUACUAUCUCUACUCUCCUGCAGAAGUUAAGUUCCGUGUCACUGUUCCUCAGUAAGCUAUGGAUGAGUGUGAAAGGUUACAUGUACAGGCAAGUAGGGCUAGUGAUGCAGGACCAGGUUCCUGCAGAUAUGGUUCGCUGGAACCCUAGCCCUGAUAUUUAAGGCCCAGUUUGUAUAUUGAUCAGGAAGCAAUCAGAUGGAUAAAGUGAAUGAAGCAGGCAUUAAAGCUAGUAAAAAUUGUGCCAUAAAGAGCACCGAUCUUUAGUGAAUAAUGUUACAUAUUUGCUGGCUGGUGACUCCAAAAGUUGAGGGCAGUGGGAGUGUUCAGCAACUUCAGAAUAGAAUCCAUGGCCUUUGGAACUAGCCCUAACGCAUUAGCACUUUUUCUUCACACCUCAUCUCUGGGUUGUUCACCAAAUGAGGUACAUACAAUUGGAAUGGUCAGAUCAACCAUUUCUGGUGCUCUUUGAAAGAAGGACUGAGGACUGUCUGAAAUGUCAGUCAAAUGUUACUUUAAAAAAGCAACAACAAUUGCAGCCUUUUAAAUUGAUUUAUAUAUAUAUUAAUUGAGAAACGCAAUUGUGGGCCUUCAAGUGCACAAAACUUGCAAAAAGCUAUUUUUUAAAAUAUUAUUCACAAGAAACAAUUUAUAUAGCUGCUUAAUGGUAUGGCCAGCCUUCUUUAGCAUCUUAAGUUAAUAGGGCAGUGCAUGUGUAAAACCAUAUUUUUUAAAAAAUGUGUAAAACGGUGCUAAAAUAUAUUAAGGUGAACAUAUCCAAAGACUGCAUGGUACCCACAGUGAACUUUAUUACAUGUUUAUACAUUACUGUAAAUGCCAAAAGGCAAAGUUUGCUGUGGGGUUCAAGAACUGAUUUGAAUGCAUACCCCCGAACCUGUGGGUGCCAUGGUGCCCACCAGCACCUUUUCUGGCACUCACCAAGUGCUUCCAGGAAGUGGAUGGGACCAAGUAGGGCUUUUACCCAGCAAGGAUUCCAAUUGGCUGUGCAGAUUUUUUUUUAUUCUCAAGCACUUUUUUCUCUGCUUGCUGGUUAUCUGGAUAGGCUCAGACACAUCCAUAGCCAUGUUGGAAUGCAUCAGGGAAUUGGAAACAGAAGUGUGAAAUCAAUUGAAAAAACUGUGAAGUCUGUGCUUAGCGCUAAGAAAAGAAAAGACUGAACAAGAAGGGUCUUGCCAGCACAGUGGCUGAUAAACUAAAUAAGCUAGGAUUCCAACAUUUUGAAAUCAUAGUAUAUUAGACUACAGACUUUUUAUAAUGCUUUCCACAUGUCUGAAGGUCUCAUUUUAAAGGAAAUACUUGGAACAAUAUUGGCUGUUUAUGCAGCAAAAGGACACUUUUGUUUAUAGGAUCAAAAACAUCAACUGUUUCUUUGUCAAGCUGUGAUUUGACUGUACUUUUUAUGCAGGUAAGGUUUUUUCUUUCGUAAAUGAGGGGGGAAUUUUUUUGUAAUGAUUGUUAAUUAAAAACUGAAUUGAACUGCUUUUGACUUUUUUCUUUAAAGGUAUGCCUUAACACUGACAGCAAUCACCACACUUUUGGUACAGACAGAGAAAAAUACUUUCAGUGA